UUUCACUCUACUUGAGCUCUCUCCUUCCCCCUCUAAUGUCUCUUUUCAGCUGACCCGCCUUCCAUUUUUCAUUUUUUUUCCUUCGCAUUUUCCUUCAUUUUCUCGAAAAUAAUCCCUCGAACCAAACGGACCUUUAAAGCACAAAGAAACACAAAAGUACAAAGAGAAUCUUAGGAUUUUUCACCUUUUCUUUAUUUCUACCUUUACUCUCCUUUGUCUCUUUGCUUCAACCUAGUUGCCACUUUCCCCUAGUUUUACUCGAUUUUUCUUUUUUAAAAAUUUUAAAAUUGUUUCUAUAUUGUCUUUUCGGUUUUAGUUCUGUUUUAGUUGUUAAAUAAAACGAUGUUAAUUUUUGAAGGAAAUUCCUUUUUCGAGUUUUGAUUUGCUUAAGGUUUGUCGCCGACGUGAAACGCGGGGUUAGCUGCGAUCGAGCUAGGUUUUUUUUAAAUGGUUUAAUGUAGUGAAAAAGAGUGAGAGAGGCUUCGAUCGUGUGUGCGCGGGUGCAUUGGCAAGUGAUGGAUCAGAGUAUGGUUGAGAAAGUCUAUUGCUAUUAUUAGUAAAUGCUGAAGUCGGAAGGGAUGGCUGCGGUGAGGGCGGAGCAAUCGAGGACGGCGGAUGUACCGGAGAGGGAUAUUGAGUUGGCCAUCACUGCCCUUAAAAAAGGUGCGCCAUUGCUCAAAUAUGGUCGUAGAGGAAAGCCCAAAUUUUGCCCCUUCAGGCUGUCUAAUGAUGAAUCUAUUCUAAUAUGGAUCUCUGGGAAAGAGGAAAAAUACCUUAAACUAAACCAGGUCACCAGAAUUAUACCUGGUCAGCGUACUCCAAUUUUUCAGAGGUAUCCCCGGCCUGAAAAAGAAUAUCAAUCAUUUUCUCUUAUAUAUAAUGAUAGAUCCCUUGAUUUGAUUUGCAAGGAUAAAGAUGAAGCAGAAGUCUGGUUUACAGGUUUAAAGGCACUGAUAUCACGUGGUCAUCAUCGGAAAGGCAGACCUGAAUCUAGAAGUGAUGGGGUUUCAUCUGAAGCAACUAGUCCCAAAGCACCUACCCAAAGAAGUUCACCUUUGAGCUCUCCAUUUGGUAGUGGUGCUAGUUCACAGAAGGAUGGGAUGGAUUCUCUUUGCCUUCAUACUCCACAUGAGAGUCCUCCUAAAACAGGUUUAGAGAAGGCAUUAUCUGAUGUAAUAUUGUAUUCUGUGCCUCCCAAGGUGUUUUAUCCUUCAGAAUCUGCUUGUGGAUCAAUGCAUUCUCGGUCAUCAGCAGGUUCAGAUGGAAAAGCUGGGUUCAUAAAAGGUUGGAAUGGGGAUGCUUCCAGAGUUAGUUUAUCUAGUGCUGUUAGUUCCUCAAGUCAGGGGUCUGGUCACUAUGAUGGUGAUGCUUUAGGUGAUGUUUUUAUUUGGGGUGAAGGCACUGGUGAUGGUGUGUUAGGUGGAGGAAUACAUAGAAUUGGAGAUUGUAGUGGUAUUAAGAUAGAUUCUCUUCUGCCUAAAGCUUUGGAAUCUGCAGUUCUUUUGGAUGUUCAGAACAUAGCUUGUGGUGAGCAACAUGCUGCUUUGGUAACCAAACAAGGAGAGGUUUUCUCUUGGGGAGCCGAAUGUGGUGGCAGACUGGGGCAUGGUGUGGAUUCCAAUGUCUCCCAUCCAAAACUUAUAGAUUCUCUUAAAAAUAUAAAUGUUGAACUUGUUGCAUGCGGAGAGUACCAUUCUUGUGCUGUAACGCUUUCUGGUGAAAUGUAUUCAUGGGGUGGUAGCUCAGGCAAUUUUGGUUUACUUGGUCAUGGAACUGAAACAAGUCAAUGGGUUCCAAAGAAAUUAAAUGGACCUUUGGAGGGAAUACAUGUUUCAUCAGUGUCUUGUGGACCGUGGCACACAGCUGUUGUCACUUCUGCUGGACAAUUAUUUACUUUUGGUGAUGGAACAUUUGGUGUUUUAGGACAUGGUGACCGCAAAAGUUUGUCUGUACCCAGGGAAAUAGAAUCCCUCAAGGGCCUACGUACUGUCCGAGCAGCUUGCGGUGUUUGGCACACUGCUGCUGUUGUUGAAGUUAUGGUUGGGUCUUCAAGCACCAGUAAUUGCUCUUCAGGAAAACUUUUUACUUGGGGGGAUGGAGAUAAAAGUCGUCUUGGGCAUGGUGACAAAGAAGCUCGAUUGGUGCCUACUUGUGUUGCCGCUCUUGUUGAGCCUAACUUUUGUAAAGUAUCCUGUGGGCAUAGCAUGACCGUUGCACUUACAACCAAUGGUCAUGUCUAUACUAUGGGAAGCCCUGUUUAUGGGCAAUUGGGAAAUCCUCAAGCUGAUGGAAAACUCCCUAUCCGAGUUGAGGGCAAGCUCACAAAGAAUUUUGUUGAAGAAAUAGCUUGUGGUGCCUACCAUGUUGCUGUUUUAACUUCAAGAACUGAAGUUUACACUUGGGGAAAAGGUGCAAAUGGACGGUUAGGUCAUGGUGAUACAGAUGAUAGAAAUUCUCCAUGGCUUGUUGAGGCUCUAAAAGACAAACAGGUCAAGAGUAUUGUUUGUGGCACAAGCUUUACUGCAGCUAUCUGUCUUCAUAAGUCUGUGUCCAGUGUUGAUCAAUCAAAAUGCUCUGGCUGCCGUCUUUUGUUUAAUUUCAAAAGAAAACGUCAUAACUGUUAUAAUUGUGGACUUGUAUUCUGCAACUCAUGCAGCAGUAAGAAGUCUUUUAAGGCUUCGAUGGCACCAAAUACUAACAAACCUUAUCGUGUUUGUGAUAAUUGUUUUACCAAACUCACAAAAGCUUCUGAAACUAGCUCAUCAAACCAUUAUGCUCUGAGUAGAAGAGGAAGUAUGAAUCAGGGACCAGAUGACAGUGUUGAGAAGGUGGAGAAGUUGGAUUCAAGAACCCCUGCCCAACUUAGUCGAAAUGCUUCAAUUGAAUCAUCUAAAGAACUGGAUGGUGGAUCUUCCAAAAGAAACAAGAGAUUGGAUUUUAAUAGUACUCGAGUUUCACCCUUCCCAAAUGGAGUUUCUCAAUGUGCUCCACUAAACAACCCCAAAACGUCAAAUGCUCUAUUUGGGUCAUCCAAGAAAUUUUUUUCCACUUCUCUUCCUGCAUCACGAAUUGUAUCCCGAGCAACAUCACCUACAUCUAGACGAGCCAGUCCACAUCGUGCUACUACACCUACACCAACUCUGUCAAGCUUUUCAUCAAAGAAGGUUGUUGUUGAUGAUGUUAAAAGGACAAAUGAAGGUCUAAGCGAAGAAAUUGUUAAAUUAAGAACUCAGGUUGAAGAACUUACUGGCAAGGCACAAAUUCAAGAAGUUGAGCUUGAACGAACAACUCAACAGCUGAAGGAAGCCGUAGCAGUAGCAACAGAAGAGACUGCAAAAUGCAAAGCAGCAAAGGAAGUCAUAAAGUCUCUCACUGCUCAAUUGAAGGAAAUGGCUGAAAGAUUACCGAUUGGUGCAGCAAGAAGCAGCAAUUCACCCUCUUUUUUCUAUUCUAGCUCAACUCCUCCUCGGGAUGUUUCUUCUGCGGGCAGUGAGCAAUCGAGUGGUCCAAUAAGUUGCCAUGAAAUGGAUUCAAAUGGAUCAAACAGCCUAGUGAUUUCUAAUGGGUCAGGAACCAUUAAUAACAACCUUUCAACCCCCACUGAUGUCUAUCAUUCAGAUGGAACAGCAAAGAAUAGGAACAGAACUACAAAAGUUGAACCCAACCAUGGGGAUGAAUGGGUUGAGCAAGAUGAGCCUGGUGUAUACAUUACCCUUGUUGCAUUGCCUGGAGGUAUCAAAGAUCUUAAGCGUGUUCGGUUCAGUCGGAGGCGUUUCAGCGAAAAGCAAGCAGAACAAUGGUGGGCAGCAAACAGGGCUAGAGUAUAUCAGCGGUACAACGUUCCCUUGGUUGACAAACCCGCUCUUGGUGUGGGAAGGGAAGGGUUAGCUCAUUGACUUGGCAGAUUCAAGACUCAGGCUACUUAAUCCAAAGUUCAUUCCGGGCUACAGCUUUGAAGACUGAGCCAAGGUAAGAUGCCCUCGAUUUUGUUUUAGUUUUGCGAGGGUGUGUACUAGUUCUGGUUUCGGCACUUUAAAUUUCGGCUGUAAAUGUAUAAUUGUACUAUGUUGGAUUUUAGGAGAUAAACUGUGAGGAAUUGAUUGAGUUCUUUAUGACUAGGCUGCGGAGAGGGCUUUGUAUUCGAAACAGAUUGUAAAUGCAUAAGAAAUUACUAACAGUCUGAUUGUAUAGCAUUCAUAAACUGAAUGCAUCAUGCAUGUGCUUGUUCUUUAA